CACUAGAAAAUAUUACCUUAAUAUAAUAAAGAGAAUAAACGACAACACACAAGAUGAUCGAGUUUGUAAAGUAAAAUAUGGCAGGAUGAGAAUGAGGGAAUGUGAUCUUUAUAAAAACAGAACAGAAGUCAAGGUCAUUAAUGGGUUUUUGAUAAUAAAGCAUGUGAUCAGAGCAGAUGCUGUGAAUUACACAUUAACACUCUCUGACUCAGACGGCACAGAAACAUCUAGAGAUCUUCAAGUGAUUGUUGAAGCUCCUAUUGGCUCAGUGGAAGUGUCAAUCAUCUGCUCCUCCAGUGGGGUGAUGAGGGUGUCCUGCUCCUCUGAGGGGGAUCAGCUCCUCUACAGCUGGACUCUGAAUGGAGGUCCACUGAUGGAUGGAAACAGCAGCAUUGAUCUGGAUGAGGGAACUGAUGGAGACAUCAGCUGCAGCGUGAAGAACCACGUCAGUCACACACUGAAGACCAUUAGACUAGUCUGUCCUACUGGUCUGGAUCGGUUCUGCAGUUUUGAUCAAUCUGAUCCCUGUUACACAGCUCUGGGACACAAAUUCAAUCUGCUGAUGGAGCGGGACGCUAGAAAAUAUGAUCUGCAGUUAAAAAAGAUAUUAAACAACACACAAGAUGAUCGAGUUUGUAGAGUAAAACAAGGCAGGAUGAGGAUGAAUGAAUGUGAUCUUUAUAAUAACAGACCUAAAGUGACAGUCAUUAAUGGGACUGUGAUAAUAAAGCGUGUGAUCAGAGCAGAUUCUGGGAAUUACAGAUUAACACUCUCUCACUCAGACGGCUCAGAAACAUCUAGAGAUCUUCAAGUGAUUGUUGAAGCUCCUAUUGGCUCAGUGAAUGUGUCAAUCAUCUGCUCCUCCAAUCAGAGGUCAGUGUUCUGCUCAUCUGACGGGGAUCAGAUCAUCUACAACUGGACUCUGAAUGGAGGUCCACUGAUGGAUGGAAACAGCAGCAUUGAUCUGGAUGAGGGAACUGAUGGAGACAUCAGCUGCAGCGUGAAGAACCACGUCAGUCACGCACAGAAGACCAUUAGACUCAAACCCUGUCCUGGUCUGGAUCUGUUCUGCAGUUUUGAUCAAUCUGAUCCCUGUUACACAGCUCUGGGACACAAACUCAAUCUGCUGAUGAAGCGGGACGUUAGUAAAUAUGAUCUUAGGUUACAUCACAGAAUAGAUAGCACGCAAGAUGAUCCAAUUUGUAGAGUAAAAUAUGGCAAGAUGAAGGAAUGUGAUCUUUAUAAUAACAGAACUGAAGUGACAGUCAUUAAUGGGACUGUGAUAAUAAAGCGUGUGAUCAGAGCAGAUUCUGGGAAUUACACAUUAACUCUCACUGACUCAGACGGCUCAGAAACAUCUAGAGAUCUUCAAGUGAUUGUUGAAGCUCCUAUUGGCUCAAUGGAAGUGUCAAUCAUCUGCUCCUCCAAUCAGAGGUCAGUGUUCUGCUCAUCUGACGGGGAUCAGAUCAUCUACAGCUGGACUCUGAAUGGAGGUCCACUGAUGGAUGGAAACAGCAGCAUUGAUCUGGAUGAGGGAACUGAUGGAGACAUCAGCUGCAGCGUGAAGAACCACGUCAGUCACACACAGAAGACCAUUAGACUCAAACCCUGUCCUGUAUAUGUAGUGUCUGGUGUGUUUGUUCUGGUCUGGGGUUUCCAGCUGAUGGUUCUGUUCGGUCUGUUAGGAGCUUUUCACAUCUACAUGAGACACACGUCAGGAAAGACAGAGGAAGAUCAGAAAGUGAGAAUGAGAAGAUUUAGAGAGAGACAUGAACACACAGCAGAAGAUUCAUGAGAGAAGCAGCAGAUCUUCACAUCUGUGAGAAAUGACUUCAGAAUCAGUUCAGCUUUCACCUGUCAACAACAGAUCUUAUAUAAAACCUAGAGAUUCAUUAAACCAGGAGAUAUCAAUUAACCAGGUUUUCUACAGUUUUAGUUAUGAAGAUUAUUUUCUGGACAGCUGCGUUUGUAAUAGUUUUAUUGCUUAUUUUAUUCAUUUGUCUCCACUCUUUGAAUGAACUAGCAGUAUUUUUAUGUCAUUAUAUGAAUCUUCUUCUGUUCAUCCGUGAUCAAACUCUUUUAUUUCUCUGAAUCAGAUCUGUCAGAUUGUGAACUCUUUU